AAAUUAGUUAGUUUGGAUGAAAUGUUUCAUAAUACAUAAACCUAAUGCAUUCAAGCAAAGGGGAUAUGGUCUUUACUUAGCUCAGUAAGAGGCGGCGAACAGACCACACCUUAGCUCGAAAGCAGGGGAGGGAACGAUCUGCUUCCUUCCUUCCAUGGCCUUCAUCAACUCCAGAUUGCGCUUCUGCCGCGCUCUCACUCGCACUUCCAAGUUCUAUUCUUCUUCUUCAUCUUUAGUUUCAGAAGCUACUCUUCAACAAGACGUGAAUGAAACAACCCAAAGCACUUCCUUAUCUCCUGAAGAAACCGUCGUUGCUGAAAAAUUUCACUCUUUAAUCAAAGACCAUUACCGCAACAACCCUAACCUUAACGCCGUUCCACCCACCCCUCAUUUUACAAUCCCCGAUCUCUCCCUCGACUUUUCUCGACUCUCCGCCCACCAUCCACUUUCCCCCUCCAUCGCCCGCCGCGUGCUCGAGAAAUGCGGCGGUGUCCGCCACGGUAUCCCUUUCCUCCAAUCCCUCGCUUUCUUCAAUUGGGUCACCGCGUGCGAGAGUUUUCCUACUUCGCCGGAGCCCUAUGUCGAGAUGAUUGACCUCGCCGGUAAGCUCAGGCUCUUCGAUUUAGCCUGGCAUCUCAUCGAUUUGAUGAAAGCCCGAGGCAUCCAAAUAACCGUUGAGACAUUCUCUUUUCUCGUCCGGCGAUACGUGAGAGCAGGAUUGGCUGCGGAGGCCGUCCACACUUUUAACCGUAUGGAAGAUUACGGUUGCGCGCCCGACAAGAUUGCGUUUUCAAUUGUGAUUAGUAUUCUGUGCAAGAAGAGAAGGGCAAGCGAAGCUCAGUCCUUUUUCGAUAGCCUGAAGCACAGAUUUGAGCCCGAUGUCAUAGUGUACACCAACCUGGUUCGUGGUUGGUGCCGAGCGGGUAAUAUUUCCGAGGCCGAGCGUGUGUUUGGGGAGAUGAAGAUGGCUGGAAUCAAACCCAAUGUUUAUACUUACAGCAUUGUGAUCGACUCACUAUGUCGGUGUGGGCAAAUCACUCGGGCGCAUGAUGUUUUCUCUGAGAUGAUAGAUGUGGGCUGUGAUCCUAAUUCCAUUACUUUCAACAACCUGAUGCGUGUUCACGUCAAAGCUGGAAGAACUGAGAAGGUAUUGCAAGUUUAUAAUCAGAUGAAGAGACUCGGGUGUCCCGCUGAUACGAUCACCUAUAAUUUCCUAAUAGAGACCCAUUGUAAAGAUGAUAAUCUUGAGGAAGCUAUUAAGGUUUUCAAUUCAAUGGUUAAGAAAGAGUGUGCUCCUAAUGCAUCUACUUUCAAUCUCUUAUUCAGAUGCAUAGCUAAGUUACAUGAUAUAAACGGUGCUCAUAGGUUGUAUGCUAAAAUGAAUGCACUCAAGUGUCAGCCUAAUACCCUGACUUACAAUAUAUUGAUGGGCAUGCUCGCUCAUGCGAGAUCAACUGAUAUGGUCCUCAAAAUGAAGAAGGAAAUGGACGAGAAUGAGGUUGAGCCUAAUGUGAAUACUUACAGGAUUUUGAUCACAAUGUAUUGCGGAAUGGGACACUGGAACAAAGCGUACAAGUUGCUGAGAGAGAUGGUUGAAGAGAAAUGCAUUAAACCGAAUCAGGGGGUUUAUGAGAUGGUUCUGAGCGAGCUAAGGAAGGCAGGACAGUUAAAGAAGCAUGAGGAGUUGGUGGAUAAAAUGGUUGACAGGGGAUUUGUCUCUCGUUCCAUAUAGAUAGAAGUACCAUUGAUGACUGCAAGAACCCUACUUACAAUGACUGACAAAUCUGGGUGUAAUUUGCAUGUUGCCAUGAAUGAUUUGUUAUAGCCUUUUCAA